AUGCAGUUCAUAUCGCGACUGGUGUUGCUUGCUUUAGGGUUCCUCCCACUGAGUUUUGGCCAACUCAAUUCUAUAGGCCUCCUGGCCUCUAGCUCAAUGCACCAAAGCUUAUCAUUGUCUACUUCCUCUGUAUUAACCAUUAGCUCGACGUCAAGUCUCCCUACUUCAACCUCAUUAACAUCAGGUUCCACCCCGUCAAUCACACCGACCCCAAUUCCCAGUAUAACUGAGGCUGGGGAUGAGUUGAUCCUUAACACUAUUUUUACACAGCCUUCAGGAUGCGAUACUGGGAUCACGGCGGUGCCUUCAUGGACAAGCCAGCUGUGGCAGAAUAUCAUCAACCCAGUGCCAACCUUGACCCUCACAUCUUGCUAUCCAAGUCAAUUCUACUAUAGUGCUGUGGCUACUGGUCCCUUACCACCAUUCACCCAGCUGGUCUGUCCUAAAAAUUGGGAGACGUACAAUGUCACUGAAUCCUACAUCAUUUGUUGCCCAAGAGGCUAUUCGCUUUAUGCCCCAAACUACCACAAUACGGAUCGUCCGGGUCUGGACGCGGUGUGCACUUCUAGUAUCUGGCCAGAUGUUUUGAUGGAUAUUACAAGUUACGAUGCCACGGCUUUAGCAACAGUCAUCGAUACAACGGCGGAUAUCAAUGGAACCUUGGUGUUUGCGACAGCAUAUGAUGGAACUCUAGCGGGUUUCGUUGCUUCUGUGGCUUCUACAGCCCUCAGUAUAGCCUCAAAAACAGUCGACUCCUCAGCUCCAGUGACGACUACAGCCUUCAGAACAGUCGCCUCCUCAACUUCGACGACUACCAGUUCCUCUGCUGCAUCAUUACAAUUGCUCUAUUCACAACCACUACGGCUACUGCAACUGUUACUACUACUGGUCAUUGUCUGA